GAGGGAGCUUCUGCACAGCUUAAGGAAAACUGAGUUUGUGUUUCCUUCUUGGCAGCCCCAGCUGGAGGUGGAUAACUUGAGUGGCUCCACAGGAAGCCAGGCACAGGCGCAGGAAGAGGGCCUCCACAGCCGGUGUGGCAGCAUGGAGCCCAACUUUUCCAUCUCCCUGAACAGCUCAGUGGAGGUGAUGUACGAGUCCACCGGCUCCACAGUGCUGUGGGUCCUCUCCCUGGUGGUGCUGGCGGUCACCUUCGUGCUGGGCGUGCUGGGCAACGGCCUCGUGGUGUGGGUGACUGGCUUCCGCAUGGCACACACUGUCACCACCAUCUGCUAUCUGAACCUGGCUGUGGCUGACUUCUCGUUCACCGCCACCCUCCCAUUCAUCAUCGUCUCCGUGGCCAUGAAGGAAAGAUGGCCGUUUGGCUCAUUCCUCUGCAAGUUUGUCCACAUUGUGGUGGAUAUCAACCUGUUCGGGAGCGUCUUCCUCAUCGCGCUCAUCGCCCUGGACCGCUGCGUGUGCGUCCUGCACCCGGUGUGGGCCCAGAACCACCGCACGGUCAGCCUGGCCCGCAAGGUGAUUGCCGGGCCCUGGGUGCUCGCCCUCAUCCUUACCUUACCGGUGUUCAUCUUCUUAACCACAGUAAGCGACCCGGCGGGGAAUGUGUAUUGCACCUUCAAUUUUGGGACCUGGGGUGACAGUAUGCAAGACAGGCUGAGGGUGGCCAUCACCAUGCUGACAGCCAGAGGCAUCAUCCGCUUCCUCGUCGGCUUCAGCGUGCCCAUGUCGGUCGUGGCUGUCUGCUAUGGGCUCAUCACUGCCAAGAUCCACAAGAGAGGCCUGAUGAAUUCCAGUCGGCCCUUGCGUGUCCUCUCAUUUGUGGUGGCAUCCUUCUUCAUCUGUUGGUUCCCCUUUCAACUGGUUGCCCUUCUCGACACUGUCUGGCUCAAGGAGAGGUUGUUGGAAGGUAAGUACAAAAACCUAGAGCUUCUCCUCAACCCCACAAGCGCCCUGGCCUUCUUCAACAGCUGCCUCAACCCCAUGCUGUACGUCUUCGUGGGUCAGGACUUCCGCCAGAGGCUGAUGCAGUCCCUGCCUGCCAGUCUGGAAAGGGCCCUGAGCGAGGACUCAGCCCAGACCAAUGACAAGGGGACCAACAUCUGUGUCAGUACCCUCAGGGACUGAGUGACAGGCGGUGGCCAGCACUGGUGGCGCACACCUGUCAUCCUAACUGCUCAGAAGGCUGAGAAUUGA